UGAAAAUUCAAUUGGCGGGUAUCGGUAUCGAGUGACGACCCUGUCUGACACAUAAAGACGCCGUGCAUCGCCUAUCGACCGGUGGCAUCUCUAGUGCCAGAAUGUGGCAAUUUGAAAACAAAAACGCAACUAAAAUGAAAACGUCUGACAAUGAAAUGCCCGACAAGGACGAAAGCUUCCGUAAACAUUCUUUGUCGCCGCGUUCCAUAUCCGCGAUAUUCUUCCACAGCACUGGUCAGCGUCUGGACGACGAAGUAGCACAGUGGCUGUCCUUUAAUGUUAAGGAAGACAUUAAAAAUCUGCUAAACGAGGCGGGAAAAUACAUGCGGCGCAUCCGGGAUCGCAGAUUGCAACUGUCUCACAUCCAGCAUGCUGUCCGAAUGCACGACGACCUCUGCCACGACAUAUUUUUCAGGCUGGUCCAUUGCGACGAUUGCACAAUGCGUCCUGCAAAAAAUGUAUUAAAAACCGUCCGCGAAGCUGUAACCACCGCAAAAGGGGACGAACCUCUCGUGUUCUGCCCGGAAUCCGUGCAGGAGUCUGUGCAGGAAUCCGUGUCGGAGAUUUCUCUGGAGCCGCCUCCCUUGCACUCCGGCUGGAUGAAGGUGGAGCAGGUGCUGCUAAAGCCCUGCAAGCGCUAUCCGCUGAGCAUGGAACAGCAGAACUUCUUCGAGUUGGUAACCGAGGCCUGCGUAGGCGACUUGGAAUCCAGGCGCGUGCGGGCUCUCAAAGCCCUCUCCACUGAUCCCUCGCUGGAGGACUUGCUGCCCAGGCUGACCAAGUUUAUCGCAGACGCAGUGGCUAUCAACAUGGCCCAGCAGAACCUGUCGCUGCUCCUUUACCUUAUGCGCAUGGUCCAAGCUCUUUUGAAAAACCAGCGCUUCAGCUUAUUGCAAUAUCUCCACCUGCUCCUGCCUGCCGUGCUAUCCUGCCUGCUGGCCAAACAAGUGUGCGCAUCUCCUGACUUGGAGGAUCACUGGGCCUUAAGGGAAUACUCCGGAAACAUAAUUUCCCAAAUAGUGCGCCAGUUCGACGCUGCCGGCAACGGCAUCCUGCCCAGACUCAUUGGUGUUUACAAGAAGGCGCUAUCGAAGAAGUCACUGACGACGGUGUUUGGGGCAGUCCUUGGCCUGGGAAAGAUGGGGAGUCAUGUGGUGCGCGCAUGCAUUUUGCCUCAACUGAAGUACCUAUCUGAACACAUCGAUUCGCUCUUGGCCGCCAGUAAUGACUCUCCCAGCUCCAGCGUAGACAGACAAGCAGUUAAGUACAUUCGCCAUCGGUUGGUGAAGAUGUGCUCUCCGGUGCUGGCGGGCAUACAUGAACCCCCUGAUCUGCCGGAAGAGUAUAUGGAGAGAUAUGGAUCUUUGGGCACGCUGAUGUGCGAUGGCGUCAUCGUGACGCGUACGAAGAAACAAGCAGAGGCUGCAGCCAAGGCGGAAGCAGAACUGAAGUUGAAAAACAUGGCUGCAGAACACCUUAACUCCAAAGAGGAAGCUCAAUCCGUGGGCUCCAACGAUCUUGUCUCUGGCACCCAGAUGCCCAAGAAUGGUGUUCGUUCCGCAAGCCAAGCAUCCCAAUCUGUCUAUUCCAUUUCUGUGAAUGGACAGACCGUCACGAUUUCGACGCCAAAUCCUUGCAAUACAAUGCUUCAGCAUCAAGCGCAGGACCCAGUUUCCAAACCAUCGGACUCCGUGGUUCCGCAAUCAGUGGUUAAUCAAUUCAAAAACGGCUUAAUCCCGUCCACUUCCCUUCGAUCAAGUUCGCCGGCUAUGAACAUGACACAUUUGAAGCCCAACAACGACCAUCCUUCGAAAAUGGCUAUUUUCCUACGUCAAGCAAUGACGGCAGAAUAUCCAAUAAUUACUUAAUACAAUAACCUAUCUCUGUAAGAAAUACGCAUAGCAUUAAAAUAAUACACUUUUUAUAUGA